AUGACGCCGCAGCGUCUUCUGCUGGCCAAAGGUUCCCACAGCGGGCGAGAGCCCACCACCUACACGCUACCAAGCUCACCAGACCCCUUCGCGGGCCUGCGUCAACACUUCGAAGACCUCCUUUCCGCUCACUACGAGCCAUGGUCUUUGCAGGAAUUUUCGUCGUCUCCACCGCCAACAUGCUCAAACGAAGAGAUGGAGGAAUACCUCCGCCAUCAGGCGGAGAAUCCUCUCGCGUCGACAUGGUGCCACCAUUCUGUGAGCUCGUCUCCGGAUUGGACACCGUUUUCAACCAACAGUCCACCUUCAACGUACACGAAUCUGAGUCUCGAUUUGAACGUGGAAUACUGGAACACCACGACAGCGACGAAUCACCAAUCCUCUUCGAAGACGUACUACUUGGACAGUCUACAGAAGAGAAGCACCAAGCCCACGCCGUUCAGCGAUCAGUUAGUCGUACCCACGCCACAAAUACGCCGCACGGAAUCCUCAGCCAAGACUGCUGUCGGGUUUUCACUUUGUCCUCCCUCAACCGAACCUCGCCUCUUGGUUCCGGAUUCACAGGACAACCCAAUACUUUGCGAUUUGACGCCCCGGAUCCUGACGCACGAUACGCCGCAGUACCCGACGCACAAGCCCUACCGGCGCCACCCACGCAAGAUGGAGUGGCAACAGCUCGAAUCUGAUGAGCUCGUCAAUGACGAUCUGCUCUUCAAUGACCCGUUCACACUCCCCGACCGUGUAAUUGAGAAUCUUGUCGACGAGGAUGUCGUCGACAUCCGCGAAUUGGACGCCUACCUCUACCCUGGUGAUGCCGCCACCAACCCCAUUCUUCCCCCCGCCGCAGCCACUACUGCUGCACAGACUUUGACGUCGACGGUCGAGGCGUACGGAUUCCAAGAGGUUGACCCGAGUCUGGCCACCCAAAAAUGUGCCAUCACAAUGCAGCAGCUCGAGUUCUCGGAUAUACUCAGGCUAGCUGCUAAGUCUGAACUAGCUAGGGAUCCGUUCACCGAAUUCUUCCUCCCCGACGACACAAUGCCUCCGCACACGAGCAAUCAUCAGCACCAGCAUCAUCAGGAGAAGCCCUGCGAGGUGUUCGUGGAAUAUGCCGCUCAUGAGUAUGAGUUUAUGGAGACUGCGCAGGAGUUGGAGCAGUACUGCAAGAGAGAUUCGGCCUCUAUGUCUCCAAUCUCCAUCGGUUCUCCAGAAGCCUCGACCUCCGAGUCGACUUCCGGCCCGAUCCGAGUCGAGCCCCGACGCUUCGUUCCCGCCUCCUCAUCUCCGUACUCUGACGUAGACCCCGUCACCGACUACCGCCAGAAGCGCGACAAGAACAACGUCGCCUCCGCGAGAAGCCGUCAGAAGCGCCAGAACAAGUUCCACGAGAUGAAGAAAGAAUGCAACGACCUCGAGCUCCGCAACGUCGAACUCCGCGCCACCCUCGACACACUGGAGAAAUCGGUCGCCGAAUACAAAAACAUCAUGCUUGCCUUCAUGAAUAAGCCU